AGCUAUUCCGAAUAGUAUUCUCUAUCCUACUACAUAUGCGCUAGUCUAGCCGUCUGGUUGCUCAGCUACGCGUUCUGAUUCUACACCGACACAUUUCUGGACCGUGUCACUUUCGGCUGUGGCUGAUCUUGUCCAUCCCAGUGUUAUCCUGUUACUUCCUGUACGUUUGUUCAAAGUUCUCGAUGCAUGGAUAUACGAUGAACCGAAACGUGGUCUACCGAUGAGUGAAAAUCUGUUCACUCAUGGGAACACGCCGAACUACAUGCCAUUAAAUGGAAUGACUGCUUUCAUGCAACGACACCGUCUGCCACUAACUCGACACUACAAAAAUAGUCACUGUUAUCAACAUCAUGCAUCUUGAUAUUUGAUGCUUCAGAGACUCUUCGCCUCAGUAUAUCAGGCGAUUCAUUCAACCUUCCGCUCCUUCCAACGGCUCAUGGUCCUUUCCCUCGACUCCAUUUUCCUAUCAAGCUCAAUCUUAGUUCUGGCUUUGGCAAACUCAUCUUCACUAUGCGCCGACACCUUAGCUUCAGUCCCCUUCCUACGCGCAAGCAGCAUCAUCCAGAGCGACCACUUCUAUACCACCAAUAUUUCUGAAAUUGAAAGCACUCUUUCCGAUAGCGUCUUCUCAUUUGAUGGGAAUUCCGCAUUUCUUUGGUCCACACCUCAACCCGGGACCAUUCCCCUCUUCCGCCUUUACAACAACGAGAACUCUACAGACCACUUCUACACCAUGUCCUCCGAUGAACUACCAGAAAUGAUGGCGAGGGGAUGGGCAUACGACACCGCUCCUAAUCAUACAGCGGGAUAUGUAUAUCCUUUUAGUAUUUGCGGCGCCGCGCCAAUCUAUCGUCUAUUCAAUUCAACUAUUACGGAUCAUUUCUACACAAUGGAUAUUGCGGAAUGCCAGAGUGCGGCGAAGGACAAUGGAUAUCAGGACCAGGGGAUCGCGGGAUUUGCGAUACUUCCUUCAGCAAAUGGGAGUGUUGUGGAAAUUGUUGCUAGUGCUGUCCCCAAUCUCCUGCCUAGUACCGUUACUGCGUCUCCAGAAUCUCAGGUAUCUGUCACACCGUCUGCGGGUUGUGCCAACAAUACCAACGCAAUUCCUUUCAUGCGUGCUAUCAGCACUGCUGACACAGAUCAUUUCUAUACCACAAACUCAACCGAGAUGAACGUUGUAGCGAUCGCACAAAAUUCGUAUCUCUUCGAGGGCGAUACAGUUUUCCUUUGGCCAACUCAAGAAUCAUCAACAGUUCCACUGUACAGGUUAUACAGCCAGACAGCUAGAGACCACUUCUACACAAUCGAUGCCAACGAAUUAAGCGAGGCUCUUUUGGAAGGGUAUGUCUUUGACACAGACAGUCAUAUUGCUGGAUACGUCUACCCGUACAGCAUAUGUGGAGCUUCCCCCAUAUACCGUCUUUACAGCUCUUUCUCCUCUGAUCAUUAUUAUACCAUGACUCAAGCCGAGAGUGCGAGUGCAACCGCUUCAUUUGGAUACAUUGUACAGGGUAUUGCGGGCUUUGCUCUACUGCCUUCAGCGGACGGGCAGCUCCAGACGGUUACUGUGUCUGCAUCGCCAUUCCUACUACCGGUAUCGAUUGAGCCUUCCCCGACAUCAAGUUCAAGACUACCAGCGUUCUUAACGACCGUAUCCAUUACACCGUCGAGUUUGAGCUUCCCCAGUAAAGCUUUAGUCCAGAGCGUGGUGUCUCGUCGUGAAAUUCUUGGUUUGUCGGUGUUGACUGCGGUAUGGAUGAUUUUAUAGUUACCCAGUAGUCAUUAACCUACAUAAGAGAUCUUUGACUAUGUACAUACGUUUUGCGUAUCACAACUUUGUUAGAAGAUGCAACUUGAACAUACACACACUACCCCACGACCCAUGGCUACAUACAGAAUUAUAAUUAUAUCACUAUACCACGAAACAAGGAACGGGGCUGGGCGACAAAUCACCAAGGUCUCCGCGCCUUAGUACUAGCCUUACUUGUAUGUAGAUAAUGACAG